AUCUGCACUACCAAUUCUUUGCCUCUCUCGUUUUACGUUUGGUGUCUUUUUAACCUGAAAGAAUUCCUGACAUUGCUAUGGCUAACAGUGAUGUCGACAGUUGCUGCGGUCUCCCUGACUGUGGUGUCCGCAGGAGCGAGGACUCUUGCCGCAACAGUGACUCUCGUGCAGCGGCUCCGACCCCGAGUAUAGAAGCCGCCGAUCAGCCAUGCUCCUGUUGUUCCGGUGGCGACAGUCUUGAAAUUGAUGAUACGCCGGCAGUCCAAAGCAGAGUCGAUUGCGCUGCAAACGCGGCCGAGUCGAAGCAGCAAGUUUUCAUUCGUAAGGUUCGAUAGAUGUGAAGUGUGCUACUAAUAUUAG